GUCCUGCCCACGCCCGUGUUUUCUGAUCCAGCUAACCAGCUUCUACCAGCUUUCCCACCAUUCUCAGAUAUAUACUUGCUACAAUCCCAUAUCUUCCUUCUUCAUUCCCUGUAUCCACCAUCCCUCCACCAGAGUUCACUCAAUCACACUCUUCUUUACCGGGCCGAUCGAUACAGUACUCACUCACUCACUCAUCUCACAUAUCCCACACCAUCAACAAUCCCUCAUAUCAAACACCUUCACAAUGCCUCAAGGCCAAAACUCAGUCUACGUCAACGGCAGCUUCUCCGAGCCCAUGACUGCCCAGCACAACUUCAACAACCAGUAUGACCUCUCGGAUCCGCACACUGCCAUGUCGCGCUACUCUCGCGUAAUGCACAAGCACACAAAGGAGCAGAUGGAGAUUGCAACCCAGUCUGCACGGAGACGAUCCGAGAAUGACGGCGUGCCGUCGCAGCCCUCGCUCCAGACGCAGACGUCGGGCUCUACCGAGUCUGAGCUGUGAUCGAUUGAUGAUGUGCAUCGAUCCAUCCCUGUCGUAACACGUCGUAGUCGUGUCCGUACGUUUUUGGUGCUUCAUGCGUCUUGAUGACGAUGGGCCCGAAUUUUCUUCUUGUUUUCAGCGAGCAUGCUCAGAGGCUUCGGCGUUGGGAAUAUACAUGCUCACUGUGGCAUUUGGUGCUUAUAUGGAGGACAUUAUUGGCGUUUGCGGGCGUUUGGGCCAUCAUCAUCAUGGAUGGAGUCACGUGGUCCUCGAUAACUAACAAACAUUUCUACGACAACACAAU